AUGCAAAAUUACAUCUUGAAAUACAAAGCUCACAUAAAUGUAGAGUGGUGUAACCAAUCUAGGUCAAUCAAGUACCUAUUCAAGUAUGUCAACAAGGGGAACGACCGUGUAACUGUUGAAUUUUAUAAGACUACAACUGAUGAUGCUGUUGUUUUCCAAGAUGAUGAUACGAUUAAUCAUGUCCUGAAUAGAGAGACGGUUGGGCAAAGUAUGUUUAAUGCAUGGUUUGUAGCCAACAAAAAAUUCAAAGAAACGAGCUUACUAACUUACAUUGAGAUGCCUACCAACUUUGUGUGGAAAAAGGACAUUCGUGAAUGGCAUCCAAGAAAGAAGGGUUUCUCAAUUGGUCGCAUAUUCUAUGUACCACCAGCUUCAGAUGAUGACAAAGAGUACAUUGAUGUUAUAAAUGAAGCAAGCUACUGGUCAACUGCUCAUUCAUUGAGGAAGCUCUUUGUUCUUUUACUAACAUCCACCUCAAUUAUUAGGCCCGAAAAUGUUUGGAAUCAGUAUGUUGGUAUUGUAACAGAUUUGGUCUUAACAGAGGAAGAAAAAAAGAACUUUGGAUUGUUUGAAUUGGAAAAGCUUUUGAGACUACAAAAUAAGUCUUUAAAAGACUACCCUCCGAUGCCAAUACCAACUAUUGAUAACUCAAGAUUGGUUCAGAAUCAUUUGGUUUUUGAAGAGUUAUGUUACAAUCAUGAACAAUUGAAGGAAGAUGCUGAAGUUUUGAGUUCCAAACUAACUAAAGAGCAGAGUUUCAUUUAUGAUAUUGUUAUCCAAGACAUUUCAGCUAACAAAGGUGGCUUAUUUUUUGUUUAUGGCUACGGUGGCACGGGAAAAAUUUUUUUAUGGAGAGCGUUGUCAGCUGCAGUCCGAUGCAAAGGUCAGAUCGUUUUAAAUGUUGCAUCAAGUGGCAUAGCUUCUUUGUUGUUACCAGGUGGCCGAACUGCACACUCAAGAUUUGCAAUAUCUAUUGCAAUAAAUGAAGAGUCUACCUGUAACAUUAAACAAGGUAGCGAUUUGGCUGAAUUGUUGAUAAAGACGAGUUUAAUAAUUUGGGAUGAAGCUCCCAUGAUGCACAAACAUUGCUUUGAAUCGUUAGAUCGAACUAUGCGGGAUUUGUUGCGUUUUGUAGACACGCAUAGUUCAACAAAGACGUUUGGUGGUAAAACGGUUGUUUUGGGUGGAGAUUUUUGCCAAAUUCUACCAGUAGUACCAAAAGGUACACGGCAAGAUAUUGUUUCUUCAGCUAUAAAUUCAUCAUAUCUAUGGGAUAGUUACAAAGUUUUAAGAUUGACUAAAAACCUCACACUAAGUUCGGUACCCAAUGGUGGUAACCGACAGGCAUUACAAGAAUUUGCUGAUUGGAUUGCUACUAUCGAUGAUGGAAAGAUGGGUGGGCGAAAUGAUGGUUAUGCAGAGGUUGAAAUACCAAAGCAUAUGUUACUGCCAUCAUGA